GUGCGCAUGCGCGUGACAAACGGGCAGGUGGGCACGAGUCACGUUCACUCUCUCUCACGACUCACGGAAGAAAAGGUAGCAACCUGAGCUGAAACUGAUUUUAGAAAAUCACUGCUGAUCGGCGACCUGCAGGCCGCAUCGCCGUCAUCGGAAAUUGAAUAUCUCCUCAGCCUCAGCCUCAACCUCAUACAGUUGAAAAUAAUUGACAAAGCAAGAUGUCUGCAGGAGUUUAUGUAGAGGAGGCUAAGCUGAUGGGGCUUGAGGACCCCAUGGCUAUUGUAGAUUACGUGAGUAAACGUCAGGCUGAGGAGCGAGAAGAACGAGCGAGGCAGCGUGAGCGUGAAAAGGAGGAAAGAGAAGAGCGGGACAGGCAGCGUGAACAUGAGCUGAAAAUGCAGCAGAUGAAGAUAGAGGAGGAGGAGAGGAAUCGCCGGCAUCAGCUGGAAAUGGUUCGUGUGCAGACGGAGACGAACGGGGGCUCCCCUGCCCAGCCAUCCACCUUGCCGCACAUCAGGUUACCUGCAUUUAAAGAAGGUGAGCGUAUUGAGCCCUAUAUUCACAGAUUUGAAGAUCUUGCAGAGCUCUAUCAGUUCGACGAAGCCACAAAGAAGCUUCAUUUCCAGAGCCUAUUUGAAGGUAAGCCCUUAGAAAUCCUCCAUCGUCUCGACGCAAGUGACAAGACGUACCUGUCGAUGAAGUCAGCAUUGAUGAGGGCGUACGGGCUGACGGUCGACGAAGCAAAACUUCAGUUCAAUCGUGCGAUGAUGCAAGACAAAGAAACUGCCGCUCAGUUCCUGGUUCGUUUGUCAGGCUACCUGGAUCAAUGGCUGGAGAAGGAUGGGACGCCGAACACGAAGGAAGGUCUCAGAGAUUUGGUGUUACGGUCUCAGCUGGAGAAGUCAUGUCCUCAGGAUCUCGUUGCCCAAUUUAAGAUUCACAAGACCAAGACAGCAGAGCAGAUGGCUGAUAAGGCGGAUGCCCAUUUUUCUGCCUUUGGGUAUCAUACGCGUAAGCAGUGGAAGAAGCCAGUCUCUUCACUGGGUCAGCAGCAGAGAAGGCAAGACUUACCUUUGCAGCAGCAGCAGCAGCAGAAGUUACAUCCCACCUUAACUCACAAGAAUUCUCCGCAGUCGAAACCACAGCAACAACGUAAGUAUCCUUGGCGUGCAGUGAAUCAAGAAAGUCAUGAUUACAGGCAAAAAGGAGCAGCUGCCUCUAUGAGUGAAGAAGACCCAUCACCCCAGUCUCCGGAAACGUCAGAGGUCAAACAUCAAACAACCUGCGUGCACAACUUUUGACUAUCUGCUACCUCCACGGAUCCUGAUAAGCAGAACUCUCUCCUUGUUAAGCCAGGGUCAGUAGGAGGUGUUCGGGUAAGUGUUCUCAGAGACAACGGUUCGUCAGGGUGUGUUGUGAAACGAAGGUAUGUUCUUCCUCAACAAU